CGAAAAACGCAUAGUGUGGCUUUCCGUACUCGUCGCGGGGCGGAACUGCAGCCAGCGACUUGUUGGCUAUUCGAGCCACAACUAAAACAAAAGACAAAACCGCUCGGGUAGGUUUUAGUCCGUGCACGCUUCCAGUGGAUUUGUUUAUUGACCUGCAUUUUUUGGAGUCAGUGAGUUGUGGUUGUGCACGAUCUUUUGUGCAAGUUUUGUUUGGAUCGAGUUGAGAGAACUUUGCACGUUGCAUGUUUGUGGCGUUCGAGUUCUGAACGGACCAGUCUUCAUUUCCAGUUAAAUGUAGUUACCGCGGAAAUUUAUUUCGAGUAUUUAGCGCAAUAUGCUCAUGUUUUGCGGCGUCACCGUCACAAUCAAUUGGAAAUUCAAAGCGGUUAACUUCCUGCAAUGUUUCCUUCAGGUUCAAAGGACUAAACCCAAAGAGGAAUUUUAUUUUUGCUUUGUUUUAUCACCAGCCUAACAAUGGAGUACGACUGUUACCAGCACUAUUUUUUCAAUGACUUUGAUACCGAAGAGGAUUUCUACAAUUCAUGCGCUCCAAGCGAGGACAUUUGGAAAAAGUUCGAGCUGCUGCCCUCCCCUCCCACGUCUCCCCUCCAGACUCUGGAGAGCGGGGACGGCAACGUGGGCUGGCUAUCCAGAGUCCUGGCUCAGGAAGACGAGUGCGAGAUUCAGAGGCCGGUCCCCAACAUCAGCUCCAUCAUCAUCCAGGACUGCAUGUGGAGUAGUUUCUCAGCCAGCAAAGCGCUGGAGAAGGUCAUGCACGGCAAGCAGUCGGCUCCGCCUCAGCCCCCAGCAGCUCGCCCUGGUUCGCAGAGCCUCGCGAGGCCAAGCAGAUCAUUCGGCUUCUCAGCUGCGGACUUUGUUGACCCUGGGGAUGUUCUCGCCUACCCGACGAUUAGCUGCAGGAAAACAGCGUCAUCUGGCUCCGAUUCUCGGACUGACUCUUCCGAAGAACAAGAAGAAGAAGAAGAAGAAAUUGAUGUUGUCACGGUGGAGAGCAAACACAACCAGGCCCGACUGGCGAGUGUCCACAAGCCAGUGAACCUCACAGUGCGUGCGGACCCCUUCCCUAAAAGCUUCCACGCCUUGGUUCACCAGCAGCAGCACAACUAUGCAGCCCGCUCCCCCGACACCAAGCCCGACGCUCACGAUUAUGCUUAUGAUGAUGAUGAUGAUGAGGAUGAGGAUGACCUGGAGGAGUUCCAAAGCAAGCGUACGAGCCCGGCGUCCAGUCGUCCGAUCUCACCUUCGGGAAGCUCCUUGAACUCUGACAUGGAGGACGUAGACCGCAGGAAGAACCACAACUACCUGGAGAGGAAGAGGAGGAACGACCUCAAGUCCAGGUUCUUGGCCCUCCGAGAUCAGAUCCCAGGUCUUGAAUCCACCAAGACCCCCAAGGUUGCCAUUCUGACCCACGCCACGGAAUACCUCAAGGAGCUGCACACCAAGGAGAAGCAACAGCAACAGGAGCGCAAACGCCUCAAAGCCCGGAAGCAUCAUCUCCUGCGCAGAUUAGCUGCACUGAAGCGUUUGUGAACCUCCAAAUAAGAACUUUAAUCAAUUUUGCAAAGCCACAUUUUUUACUAUACGACAACCUCCAGCCUCCAGUUUUUGUUUUUGAUUUUUUUAAAUACAUUUUGUAGCAGAAUUGUUACCCUGAGCCUGUUAUUGAUGGAAGGGUUGUUAUCUCAGUGGGGUUUGUUUUCCUGUUUUGCACAGUUUUUCAGUGAGGAUGAUGCAAACAUUUUUGUAGCUUGGCAGAAGAUAUUUUCUGAUAUGCUGUGAUGGGAGCUGAGAUGCUCCAUUGUGUGUUAACCGGUUUAACACAUCAUUCAGAGUACGUGUGGAGAUGAGCUGAGAUGAAUUCAUUCCGUCAUUGCACAUUAAUAAUCGAAUGGAGUGCCAUGUAUGGUGCGAGUGCAUGAGCUGGUUGUUUUUGUUUUGAUUUUUGUGUGGCUGUUCACAUUUGUCAGUAAAUAAUAGCUUCCUGCUCUCUGUUGCAGGAGCAUAACAAAAAUCAUCAGUUGCUGCUGAGCUUUACUUUUCUGUUUGAUUGCCCACCGGGCAUCAAGGAGCCUCUAUUUUGUUUAAGAAAAUGUGGAGUUAAAAAAAAAAAAAAAAGUUGCACUGCUGUACUUUAUACUCACACGUCACUUUGGAAAAUCAAUGCAUCUGAUGGUUUUGAUUGAUUUGUUAAACAUGUGCAUUCAAAAGCAACAUUAAAUUUUGAUACCUUAUUUGCAACCAAA